AAAGUGGCGGAAGUACCGUCCAUCCCCUCACCGCCCGCCGUCGGGGAGGCGAAGGCGAGGCGGCGCUUCUCCCUCGCCCUCCCCCAAGUACCCGGCCUCACCUCCCGCCCGCCACACCCUGGGCCGCCUCCCGGAUUCUCUCCAGGCCCCAAAGUCCACCCCCAACACGGGUGCCCUUCCUCCCAUGGCGCCCCGCGGGGGCCGCGUUAGCAGCCAAUAGACUCCGCAUCGGAGCCGGUCGCCAUAGAGACGGCGUCCGGUGGAGGGAGGCGUGCGAGCCACGGAGGGAGUCUCCGUCGGUGCGGGGAGUUCCGCAAGUCCUGGCCCCGCCGCCCGCCAUGCCCGCGACGCAGACCCGGGGCGGCAUCGCGCCUCUCAUGCACGAGCAGAUCGCGGAGCUGCAGAACAAGAUCCAGCUGCUAGAAGGUGACCGGAAAGCCUUCCACGAGAACUCCCAAUGGAACAUCAAGAAGAACAGGGAGUCGAUCUUGCAAUUGAGGCAGGAGAAUAAGAAGCUGCACCAGAAGUUGGCAGAGCUCCUUGUGGGAGAGGAGAAGGUCAUCAAGGCUGCAUUCCAAGAACAUGCAUCCGAACAAGGAUCUGUGAAGAAUAAAAGCGGAGAGGGUGCUAUUCAAGUCAUCAACCACCGGCUGUGUGAGAAGAUCAAUCAGUUAAAUAACCUGAAGCAUCAGGUGGAGGUGAGGAAGCGUCGCCUGGAAGAGCUGCAGCUUCAGUACAGCACCAAAGCACAGGAGGUCCAGGAUCUGCAAGAACUGGAGGAAGGCAACAUUGAGGCAUCCAAGACUCUGCGGACACUAGAGAACCGCCUCGAAAAGGCCCGGUUCAAGAUAGAGGAAGCAGAACGCAUCACCGGCAUGUACCAGAAAAUAAAAACGCACAUUCAGGAAGAAAGCCUGCAUUUCCAGAACAAACUUGAUACCCUGGAAGCGGAGAUCUCCCGCCUACGCCAUGAACUCCAAGACCUGGAGAGCGUGAACAGCGAUGCCCUGCAAGCUCGGGACGCAGCCAGGGAGCAGCUCUCGACCCAAGAGGAAACCAUCUACAGAGAACGAAAGUUCCGGGAUAAGAAACUGAAGGACAUUAAGAAGCUGACAGAGGAGAAGAGAGCCCAGAACGAGCGAGCGGAAAGACGGCAGUCGCAGAAGGAGCAUGUCCCGUUCAGGACCGAAGAUCUUCUCAAAGACCCCCAGCACUCCAGAGCCACCAUCCUGAAAACCAAGCGGGCCAUGUUCACCGCCACCGAGGCCUUCGACAAGAUCCGAUCGGCCACCGGCGUCACCGACGCAGAAAAGGUGGUUGCCCGCUUCUUGGCCCAGGAAGAGACCUUCAGGCAGCUGGAGGAGAUGAAGAACGAGAAUGAGGAGGCCCUGGUGCGGCUGAAGGAGGAGAAGGAGGCUCUGCAGACCAAGCUCCAGAAGCUCAAGUACUCGGGAGAGGCCCAGCUGAUUGGAGACCAGAACCUGCUGAAGAAACUUCGUGGCCACCUGGAGCAAGAGGAGGCCAAGCGCGAUGCAGCCAAGGCUGAGUUGGACAAGAUGUCCCGGCUUCUUCUCAACGCAAAGGCGGGAGUGGAGCAUUUGGCCUCCAAAGUGCAACACAUCAGGCUGGAAAGCGGCCGCUUCGUUUCCACCCAGCUGGACGAGAAAGCCGGCGACUACGUGCUUGACCUUCUGGGCCAAACGGAGGAGAAAUUGUUGUACGUGAUGAAGUCCCUGGGAGAUCGGGACCAGAACGAGCUGCUCCGGAGGAUCGAGGAGGUGGAGUUCCACUCGAAGAUGGAGAGGAGGCUGCCGUCUCACAACACCCGGGUCAAAGUGCCUACUGCACAGAAAGCUGACAUGUACUACGACGAGGAGGAGAGCGGAGAGGAUGACGCCGAUGUGGUGACGCGUGCGGCCCUGAAGCGCCAGUCGCAGCAGAUCAUCGAAGCCAAGACCAAGCGCCGCACCCGCUACCGGAAGAAGGACGCGAAACUGUGAUGGCCCGCCGACGUGGUCCCCAGCCCCUCCCAAAUGUGAAAAGGUCCCGGGGGGGAGCUCCUCACCCCCUCCCCUUGCUGGAGCUGCAGAGCCCAGGGGAAGCAUGACCCUUUUGUGCAUCUACUUCCCAUAGAAAGGGCCCCACAAGGAGUGGCAGCCAAGCACAGGGCUUCCGCCUCCCAGUGGAGAAGGUCACAUGGGCUCUCUGUGGGGAGUGGGGACAGAGUGUGUGGGCAGUUUAGAAUUUAUUUCCUGAACAGAAAUAUCCCCCCCCCCGCCACCACUAUUCCCAUGUUGAAUGACCCUGCCCCUGUGUGCCACUUUGGCGGUGGGGGGGCAGCUCCAAAGGCCAUCAUGGUCACUGUGUUUGCUGUGUGUGAUACAAUAAACGCUCUUCUGGUUCA